CCUCCUUCCUCCACUUCCCUCCCACUCCACUGGGCCGCGAGGAAGUCGCAAGAUGGCUGAUGUCGCUUGGAAGUAAUGUUCCCCUCUGCAACAUGAAGCCGUGAGUGUGGAAGACAGCGAGGGAGGCACCAUCGGGCUUUUAUUUUAAUUUAAUUUUAGUUACUUUUCUUUUAUUUCGUUAAACAUCCAUCUCAUUCCGCGUCGUGUCGGCCCCGGACUUGUCUUCGGGAGUUGACGCGUCAAAUCACGCCGGGGACCCUGCCAGCAGCUAACGGCUAACGAUCACUUAGCAACUGUUAGUGCAGCUAGCCAGGCACACCGCUUGUUAGUUUGUUUUAAUUCAUAUUCUGACACCUGCAAACCAACAAGCUACCGAUACAAGUGCGGUGAUAUUUGCCGGAGGUAGUGCAGAUUAAAUGUCAAAUAUUUCAGCUGUCAGGUAAAAACACAAAAACGAUUUAGCAAGCUGCUCGGUUUAACAUCAUGUCCGCGAACUGGCCAUCCAGCCUGUGGGUUGCUAACUAAUGCGCAGUAUUGCAUCUGUUUCAUGUGCACAAACUAGCAGGGUAAUUGUUUUAUUUGCAAUUUUUUAACACCAUCAACCACCUUGCUGCAUUUCCGUUACUUGCUGCCAACUACAUUUUUGAAGCUGGUUAUGUUAAAGCAAAAUUAUGGGAGCAGGAAAUGUGUUGAACUUUUUCUGGUGGUAGGUAGCUACACUGGCCUUGCUGGCAUCUCACCAAAAAUCCACAGGGAUGGACACUAAACUGAGCACCCACGACCAAAACUGAGAAAUUCGCAGUUCGAUAUCUCGGAAUCAGUAACGAUAGCUGACACACGUGUACAUCAGUGCAUGGUGACUGAUUUCACUAAUCUGGGUGACAGAUAAGUUGUUUUGCAGGGUUAACUAAACUACAGUUUUUCACUGAAUCGGAGACCAGUUAGCUUGCCUAAAGUGCACAGCUAGCUCCGGUCUCGCCCCACAUUACAUUACAAACACGGCGUACAGAACGUAUUCAGAGCCCUCUCCCGGCCAGACACACAGGCUGAACAACACCGUCAUGGGAGUGCAGGGUUUUCAAGAGUAUUUGGAGAAGCGGUGUCCCGGGGCCGCAGUCCCGGUGGACCUCCUGAAGCUUGCCCGUACCGCGGCCCGCCAGCCCCCUCACCACCACCAUCACCCACACCACCACCCACAUCACCCCGGGCCCAUGCCUCCCCCGCCCCCGCCUGCCAGGAUCCUAAUCGACGCUGACUCCGGCCUGCAGCGCCUCUACGGCGGCUACCAGACGGACUGGGUGUGCGGGGGAGAGUGGAACGCCAUGCUGGGCUACCUGGCCGCCCUGUCGCAGGCCUGCCUGUACCAGGGGGGCCUGGAGCUGGUCGUGGUUUUCAACGGCACUGGGAAGGAGCGCUGGCCCGAGUGGGCGCGGCGAGCUCAGGGCCAGCGGCAGACCGCGCAGCUGAUAGUCAACCACGUCGGCAGCAAGGCCACCCCGCCUCCCAGAGCAUGGUUCCUGCCCCCGGCCUGCCUCAGCCACUGCGUCCGCCUCGCCAUGUUCCGCUUCCGAGUGCGGGUUGUACAGACUUUGGAGGACCACCACCAGGAAGUGCUGUCUCUUUACAGAGACUUUGGAUUUUCCGGCCUGAUCGCUCAGGAUUCUGAGUUUGCUCUCUGCAACGUACCCGCCUACUUCUCGUCGCACGGGCUCAAACUGAGCUGGAACGGCAAGAACCUGACCACACACCAGUACCUGCUGUCUGAGGCCGCCAGGCAGCUCGGGCUGAAGACACAGCACCUGCCCUGCUUUGCUGCUCUGCUGGGAAAUCAUAUUCUGCCUGAUGAGGACCUGGCUGCCUUCCACUGGAGUCUGCUGGGACCAGAACACCCUCUCGCUUCUCUCAAGGUGCGAGCCCACCAGUUGGUGCUGCCGCCCUGUGAGGUGGUGAUCAAGGCCGUCUCAGAGUACGUCUCCUCCAUCAAAGACCUGGGAAACCUCGACGCCAUCGCCAGAGAUGUCUUCAAACAGUCACAGUCUCGCAUGGAGGACAAGGUGCAGCGAUUCAAAAAAGCCGUGGAUUAUUUCUCAGCUGCCUCCAAACCUCGCUCGCCCAACAUGGGGCCCUCAGCUUUCAUCUUACCUGGGUUCGGAUUUGGGGGACCACCCGGCCACAUGGGACCGAUGCAGCCUGGAAAGAAUCAGUUUCCUCCCCCCCAGGUUCCAGGGUUGAAGCCGCCCUAUCAAAAUGCUCAAUAUGGACCGGGCUCUAACCCUAUGUUCCAGAAUGCGCCGCCACCGUCCCAAGACCUCAACGAUUCGCUGACGGGCAAGAUGGGCUUCACUGAUUGGUCGGCUCCAUAUGAUUCCACUCAGGGGGGAAAUCGAUUACCCAAUCAUCACACUGCCCCUCAGUCUGGUCCCUCUCCGUCUCCUUCAUCGUCAUCAGACGGAGACGAACCCAACGACAGCAACGCAAACCAUUUGACAGACAAGUCCUCUCGCUGGGAGGAUCCCACUGGAAGGGGGGGCUUGGCCACUGGAGACGGUUCCCAAGGCAACGGGAGCGUGUCACACAUUCCGUCACUGUUGUCUAUGGCGACACGCAGUCACAUGGACAUCACCACACCCCCUCUGCCUCAGGUCAGUGCUGAGGUUCUUCGUGUAGCCGAGCACAGGCACAGAAGAGGACUGAUGUACCCCCAGAUUUACCACAUAUUGACCAAGGGAGAGAUGAAGAUGCCAGUGUGUAUAGAGGAUGAGUGUAACUCUGAGCUACCUCCGGCCUCUCUGCUGUUCCGCGCUGCCAGACAGUAUGGCUACGGCGUGCUCUUCAGUCUGGCUGAAACCCACCGCCGCCUGGAGAGGCUCGCUAUGCGCAAGAGGGCCCCCCUUACAGUUCCUCCAGUGAUUGUCAAAGAGUGGAGCAGCGGUAAAGCCAAGUCGGCCCUGACUCCGGAGCUGGUCCCCGCCCUGUGUUUCCGGGAGUGGACCUGCCCCAACCUGCGGAGGCUGUGGUUGGGUCGAGCCAGUGAGGACCGCUCCAGGAGAACCAGGGCCUUCCUGGCCUGCCUACGCUCCGACUGCCCAGCCCUCCUCAACCCAGCACAGGUCCCCCAGCAUCUGCUGCUCAUGUGCUGCGUGCUCAGGUAUAUGAUGCAGUGGCCUGGUGGAAGGAUCCUCCAGAGACACGAGCUAGAUGCCUUUCUGGCUCAGGCUGUUUCCAGCCAGCUCUACGAACCGGACCAGCUCCAGGAGCUCAAGGUGGAGAAGGUGGAUUCCCGCGGCGUGCAGCUGGCUUCCCUCUUCAUGGCCGGCGUUGACACAGCGCUGUUCAUCAAUGAUGUGUGCGGCCAGCCGUUGCCAUGGGAACACUGCUGCCCGUGGGGCUUCUUUGACGGCAAACUGUUUCAGAGCAAACUGGCCCGAGCCGCUCGGGACCGGGCUGCCCUGCUGGACAUGUGCGAGGGACAGGAGGAGCUGGUGUCCAAGGUGGAGAAGAUGCGUCAGGCAAUCCUCGAGGGCAUCAACCUGUCCCGCCCUCCUCCUCCUCCCCCUCCUCUUCCACCUCCUCCCUUCCUCCCUGCUUCCAUGGUGCCCCCUUUCUACCCCAUGCCUCCCCUCUACCCACCUCGCCCCAUGGGCAUGCCUCAUCAUCAUCACCCACACCAUCCUCACUACCCCGCCCAGCACAGACCAAGAGCCUUCCCAGGCCUUCAGUCAAUCCCCCCCCAGGGAGGGAAACUGGAGAUCGCUGGCAUGGUCGUCGGCCAGUGGGCCGGGAACAAACCAGUCCGUGGGAGAGGGGGCUUCAACAUGCAGGUGGUGUCAGUGGGAGCAGGGAGAGGGAGAGGUAAAGAGAUUCCAGCUAAACCAAGGGUGGUGAAAAAGACGCCUACCAACAGAUCACAGACGUCGCCUCCCCCCCCCUCCAGCAGCCCCCCAAAGCCCUCCGAGGAGGCGGCCGGCUCUCCAGAGGCUGCGCCUCAGCAGCUGAAUGGCAGCGCUGCAGCCAUCGGCCCCCCCCUGGAGCUGGCCCCCCUGGCCCAGCCAAUCCCAUGUGCCUUAGCCAGAGACAACCAAUCAGAUGGGGUGGAAGUGGAGGCCCCCUUUUGCCUUGACGACUGCCCGUCAGACGGAGCGCUACAGAAGGAGGAGUGACAGCGUCCUCUCCCAGGAUGCAUUGCUCUGAGAGAGUUCUGUGUUUGACUGCCUUCCCCUGUUUUUGUAGCCCUGCCCUGCUAGCUGUGCAGCGUCACAUGGAGCAGGAGGUGCAGCGAGGCCCCCCCCUCGCCCCCACCCCCCCCCUGCUCCAUGUGACGCUCAGCGGCAGUUAGCUGUUACUUCCUGUUAAGUUUUUCAUGUGGUUUUACAUUGUUUUACAAAGAGAGGUUUUCUCCAUGAGUCUGUAAGCGCCCCGCCCCUCAAAAAUCCUAAAUGCCUCCCUCCUGCACUCAAGAGUAAAAUAAGCUUAAGCCCACCCCCAUUACAACCAAGCACUUAAAAAAAGCCACCCCCUCUCCCUUAAAGUAUGGGUAUCUGUACAGUUAAAAUGUCUUAUUUUGUGUUUUUAAUGGUCCCAUUGUUUGAAUCUCUGCACACAGAUGUUAAGCAUGCGGUUUAGGGUGACAGAUUGGAUGUGGUUUCCAUGGUUACAGCAUCUAGGCCUGGGCGCCAUGGUCAGUGUUGGCGUGUUUGAUGGUUGGUUUGUUGCCAUAGCCGUCUCAUGUGAGAUUUAUCUUACAUGAAUUCUAGGUAUGUGAGUAAGAUUUUAACAAAGUGAUAGUACCAUUCUUCUGUGCAGUGACCCCCCGCCCCCCCCGUACUCACAACGUUGGUAUACUUACUAGCAAAUAACCCCUUUUAUUGAUUGAUUGGUUAUCUAUCACAGGAGCACUUCUGCACCACCAUGGUAUUGGCGUGAUAUCUUACUUUGACCAAUGUAGCAUAGCCCAGUGCUUAGCUGUGCUUUGAGCCCCCCCGCAUUUAUGCACCUUAAGCCCUAAAGUAUAAAAGAUAUAACCCCGCUCCUCCAAAAAAAAAGUGCAUUAUAAUAUUAUCCUCCCAUGCCCCUUGUCCUUUACUCCCAAAGCUUUGAUUGUAUUACCCAAACGGAAGCACUUAAUGUUGUAUUUAAAUAUGAUACAUUUGAACAAACCCCUAUACCGGUUAAUUGACCGUCUGAGAGGGGUGUACCCCGCCCCUAAGUAAAUCAUUAUGACUUGUAGAACUACAUAUAAAGGUAGAGAUGUAUUUGAGAGACAUCAGAAUGUGAACUGAGUGGUUUCAGACAAAGAGGCACUUUGUUUGGAAAAAAAGAAGUUUAAACCACACUGGAUAGUCUUCUACCAGGUGAGAAAGAAAUGAUAAAACUCUGAGGCACGUUCUGGAGUUUAAGGCCAAAAAAUAAAAGAAUAAUGCUGCCAGACAAAAGAUGGAUAUGAACGGUGAGGGUUUGGGUAACUGCUGCCAGGCGGAGUUCCCCGCAGACUGGCCUCGCACGUUCAGACAUAAAACUUUGCAAUUAAGCUGAAAAAGGACUCCUGAUGUUCCGCGUCGAGGGUCCUUAGGAAUCUUUUCAGAUUUCUAAAAAAAAAGUUAUUUCCAAAGUGUAUUUUAAGAAAGGCCAGCCUACUGAGGCAGCCAGUGAUAUAAAAGGGGUGUGGCGAGUGACAAAUCCUCAAAGAGCCCCCCCCCCCACCCACUCAGGUGGUGAUUGAGUUACGGUUGUCAUUACGAUAGCCCAACACCAUGAGCCGCAGCGCUCUGGUGUGUCACUUUAGACCAGCAGAAAGCACUUCCCUGCCCUGAAGCACCUCGGCCUGAAAACACGGCGAGGCUUUAUGGGUCGGAUCACAUGACGGGAGAGAGGGAGGCCUCAUGGCGGACCCCCAGAGGGCCGCUCAACAAUCUGAGACUUCUAAGAUAUUGAAUUGUUUUAUUAGAGCACUUAUGUUUGUAGAGAAUGAGAUGUGUCCCCCAUAGUAGAUUUCAUCUGACUACGGAAAUACAAUUUACCAAUAGCCGGUAGCACAACUGCAAAAUGUAAAAAGCAGUACACCGACAGAUACUGCCUGAGAGAUGCUGGCCAUGAUCAUUGUAACUCUCUAUAAACGUACUUGGAGAGGUUGAAAUGAGCUCACUAUGUUAAAAAAAGGCAAGUCAACAAAGAAGCACCUUAUUUUCUUACUAUGUUGAUGACUUGUGCUCUAUCGUGUGCCACACAAUUGACAUGGAAAAGAAGCUCUUACGAAAUGCCGUUUUGAAGGAAAAAACCCUGACUAUAUCUGUAAGUGUUAAUGUAGUCGCGUCAGACAUCCCCUCAGUUUAUGAACUCAACCAUGACCGUUGACCCAGCCGCGAGUCGUAGGCCUACGCUCGCCAUCACAAGGCUGGGCCGCGCCGCCGUCUCUUACACCAACACCAAAUGCAAUCCAAGGUUUCGGACCCGCUAGCCGUUUAUUGGUAGGGAUUAAGAGUUCGAGUGCUGUAGGUGUUCAUAGGUUAAGAGUAGGUAACGGCGUCAGGCUGAACACAGGACUGUAAUAACACAGACACCAAGACUAGGCUAGAGAAUAUAGCUCCACUGGCCGAAAAAUACUAAGUCUAGAAUUACUAGGAGUCAUAUACUUAACUGCUUUUCAACUUUUGACAUUAGUACAAAUAUGUGUAUCGCAACAGUACAUUGUUAGAAGAUGGCUUUUCUGCGGCGAGCCAGAGCGUGAUCUGGUAUACGAUGCCCUCUCGAUUCGCUCGCCAGAUACCAGAAACGCCACACACACAUAUACAUUUAAACAAAACACACACAUACAGGUAUUCAGUUGCAUUUGUUACCAGCGGCAUUCUCUCUGCUUUUGUGCUGAAGUGAUUUUGUGCAGUUUCAGUUCCCAGUGGAGUGCUCUUCAGUUCAUCAGAGAGCAUUUUUUGGUAACACAUUCUACUGAGUCUUAUAAAAAAAAAAAUAUCCCACAUUUUCAAGUUUGCAUGGACGGAUUUAAAAAUACAUGCCAUGACAAACACAACCAUAUAUACACACACUUACACACACAAGCACACAUAUUACCACACAACACACACAUACAUAGAUGUUAAACCCUGAGUUACACAGUAGCUAGUAUGGAUAAAAUAAAGUCAACACAAUACAUGAUGUAGUGUCCCUCUCGUCCUUGUCUGUUUUAGUUCGAUAGAUAUUUGAUCAGUGAUUUUUAUGCUUGUUAUCCUAACCCCCCGCCCCCCCCUGCUAUUACACUUUUUCUCGCCCCCUCCUCCUACUCCCCCAUAAAAGGUUCAUUCACUUCUCUUUAAUGCCCCCUAAUCUUCCUUGUAGUCUACAUGCAUACACACACACACACACACACACACACACACAACAUGGCCACUGAUUUAAAUCUGCAGUAACACAAAACCAACACACCCAUUUUCCACACAGGUUACCCCUCCUGUCCGGUUCUUCAGUUCUCUCUUUCACUCUUAUCGCCUCCCUCUCUGCCUCUCCUUUUAGCCCCUUUUAGGACCGUUUCUAUUGGCUGUUUUUUCUCUUUGGGCUGCCCCGCCCCUUAAUCAACCCAACUAACAGUAAAGGUUAUAUUAACGUUGAUAAUCAGUUUCUGUAUGUAUCUAGCCAGAGUCUGGAAAAAAAAAUCUGAAAAAAAAAAUCAAAACGGUUUUAUUCAAUUGUGCAAAUGUGUUUUUUCUUACUAUUUUUAAUGUUAUUACAUCUUCUAAUCUAAUCCUUCUACCAUUGCUUCAGUUAGUACUGAAAUACGCUUAGCCAACCUAGAGAUUUGAACUGUAAUGAUUGCGAUUUUCCUUACCUGUAUUUUAUAUGGCAUCUUUAGACCACCGUUUAUUAUGUACGUAAGUAAAUAUUGCCCGUUUUCGAAAUUAAAAUUGUCGUCUGCACUAUGUUAUGAUCCUCAUAAUAUCCCUGAAAACUAUUUCGUGGUCGACUCAUUAUCAAUCUAAGCUGAACUUGCACAAAGCAGCGUAACAUCUCUUGUAAACACCUGAGAACCAAAGUACACCUAGCAUCCCCUCUACUCCAUAUAAAUCCCCCCAUAGCCCCUCACGCUCCCCGGCAUCGACGGUUUACCCCCGAGUAACAAGUUUUCCGAUGAGUAUGAUUUAUAUAAUGACAUUACAGCACGUGUGAUUUAUCUGACAAGUCUGUGAGGUAACGGUGUUUUUUAAACACCGUGGUUUUCGUGGAGACGCAGACAGACAGGGAAAGGAAGGAAGUUUUUGUUCGACAGUGAGUGAGCGAGUGGGCAGGUUUUAGGCAUUGUGGGUCAAAUCACCCCUCCUGUUGCUCGCUCACGCCUUUUUGUAACUUCUUCAUUGACUGAAUUCAGGCUGUGUUCAUUCAGGCUGCUUGCACACGCUCAGAUCAACACUAAUACACGAAAAAAGGAACAACAUCUGGCAGAUAUGCUUUCAGUCACGCUGGGGUUUUGGCGCCCACUUUAGCAUUUCUCACAUGUUAUUGUUGUGCUCUCUCAAACUUGCCUUUAACUGCCCAGACUCGGAUUGAAAGGGCAACUUUUUGCUGAUCUGAGUCUCUUCACACGUGGGCAUGGAUAUUCUGAAUGUGGCUGGAUUUUCCUCAAAACACAAAUCUGAGAUUAUUUAGCAUCUAAAUACAUGGCAUGAAAUGUGAAGUGCAACUAAGAAAUCAUUUAUGAUUGUUAAGAUCCACAAUCGUAUUCUAAGACCCAUACUACACCCUUUCACCAAGUUUCAGGAUCAUUAUUAAUUUUUGUAAACCUGUGUACAAAGAAACUAAUCUGAAAACAUUUCCUUGGUGAAGUUAAUUCAUAGAUUAGAGGUUAAUCUAUGAACAAAUCUGCAACUAUAUACCACCAUUUUGUUCAUUUAGAUCAAAUGUUGGAGCAAAAAUUCCAAGCAUUUUCUUAACAGGCCUUUUAUUUAUUUAUUCUAACAUUAAGACAAAAGCAACAAAGGAAGGGCAUAUUAAUUGAAAGUAUUUCUUAGUUGCCACGUGGAUUUGUUCAUGACUUUUUGCAUGGAAAUUGUGAAACUUUUUUUUUUUUUUUUUUUUUUUUAAUGUUAUUCAUUCAACUAUGAAUGAGUUAAUUGAGAACAUGACAUCAGAAACAAUCAAUUCAAUGCAUUUCUGAUCAAUUUCCUGCUCUCAGCCGAAGUGUCAUGAGGAAAAUUCACCCUCUCUGACUGAUAAGAGUUGUCCAGCGGAUACUAAAGGCAUCUUGCCUCACAGCCGACACAAAUGGGAGCGCCUCUUGAGGAGCUCGACAAUGUUGAAGAGAACCAAAAGUCCCAGAAGAAUAUAAGUGUGCUAUGUUGUAUUGUAGAAGUCAAACAGUGUUAUUGUCUGUCAUACAGAAUGUGGAAAGGGGUCAUCGGCUGUGUUGUACCUGUUCUGAUCUAUUUGCAGGGUUCUCACAGCAUUUUGUCCUGAUUGAAUAAAGGUCCCUAUAUGUCUGUCUCUCUCUACACUGCCAAACCCUCCCUCAACAGCCCCCAAGCUCCAGUAUAACCCCGCCCCCCCCCCUCCAAUGGAGUCCCAAGCUGAUCAUUAUUGGCUAUUUUUUGUUUUGUCACGAUUGGGCCCUUAGCCACAAAUGUACCAAUGCAUGUACUACAGUAUCCACCCAAAACUACAUGUGCAACGAAAAGGGUUACAUUUAUCCAUAAUAUUAUUGUUCUAGAAAUAUUAUCAUCAUUAUUGCUGUUAUAAUUAUGGUCGGUAUAAUUUGUCAUCAUUGUUAGCAUUAUGGAAGCACCGGACUGUUUGUGGAAAGAUGAGAAAAAAGAAAGCUUUUUUUUUAUUUUGUCUGGCUGUUGGUGGUCUGAUCUCACAGAGGGAGGGGAAGAAAGGUUCAGAAAGAGACAAAGAUGGCAGUCAUGUUUGUACUGGUUGGGAAAUGACUUACAGUGCUGAAAUAAAAUUUAUUCUUUUAGUAAAAAAAGUA